GGAGUCAUUUGUCAGUUACAGGGUGGUCCUGCAAACUUUUCAUUGAGGAGGAGAAAGCGUAAUCAGAUAGACAGACAGACGAAUACAGCUGUGCCUGCCAGAGACGCAGCGUGCACAAGUCAACUAGUCCACUUCCAGGGAGGGAUUUUUAAAGCGACUUGUCCAGCUGUUUUUGCUUUCUUUUAUCCUCAAGCAGAAUGGAGGCAAAUAACAACUUUUGAUUUGUUUCGACCGAAUCCUUCAAGUCGUCAAGAAAUUUUAUGAGGAAACACGAGAAGUUUGCUUGAGAAACAGAGUAAUGUCAUCCAGUGUCAGUGUACUCUGACAGUAGGUGGGAAAGAAAGAUUUGUUUGUCUUUCUACUGUGACAUUUUUCAGAGUCAGUCGCUUGUUCUCAAAACUUUCACGCCUAGCAUAGCUGAGUCAAGGAGCUGUGCAACAGAUGUUUGGGGGCUCAAGAUUUGGGUGUCGAAAGUAGGGCAGAAGGCGCUGUGUCCGGUGCGAGAAACUUUUUGGGAACUUUAUGGAUCACCAAGAGAGCUCGUGAGCGCGAGGAUGCCAUAGAGGGCAGACGGAAGGACCAUGCCCUCUCCGCUUGAGUUCGGCAAGGACUUGACUUGAGGCAUAUUUUCUUCUAAAUAUAUAUAAAAGUCACAGUAUCUGGUUUGCAUUUCACUGAUCUGAAGACAUGGCUUCUGAGGUGAUGUGUGGACUGAUCUUCAGACUGCUCCUGCCAGUGUGUCUCGCGGCAGCAUGCAUAUUCCGGUACAACUGGCUGUCACUCGUCUACCUCAUAUACCUCCUGCUCAUCCCCCUCUUCGCAGAGCCAACCAAGACAACGAUGCAAGGCCACACGGGGCGCCUGCUGAAAUCCCUCUGCUUCACCAGCAUGACCUUCCUGCUGCUGCACAUCGUCUACCAGAUCACCAUCAACAGCCUGUUGGCAGGGGAGAGCAUUGAACCCAACUUCAACUGUUCCUCUUGGGAGAAGUCCAUACGCCAGCUGGGCUUUGAGAGCGUGCGAGGAGCGGACGCUGGGAAUGGGAUCCGCGUCUUCAUCCCGGACAUCGGCAUGUUCGUGGCCAGCCUGGUGACCUGGCUGCUGUGCCGCAGCCUGGAGAGGCCACCGGUGGGGGACGCCACGCAGCACAACCCCGACCUCGCAGAGCCCAGUAAACAAGAACAGGAGGAUGAAGAGGAGGAAGAGAAGGAGAAAGAGAGGGAGAAGGAGAAAGAGGAGAAGAUGGGUCAGCGAGUGGAGCUGGAGGACGAGCUGCUUUUCGAGGAGGACUGUGAGCUGACGGACGGAGAGCUGAUGGAGGAUGACGAAGAGGAAGAGGAGCUGGAGGAGGAUGAAGGAGGAGGGGGCGAGGAAGAGGAGGAGGAGGGAGAGGGGGAGGACGAAGAGAUGAAGGAGCCGGAGGAGAGCACCAAGAUGAAGAUCUUGCGUCAGAUCGCUGGCGUGGCGUCCAAACUCAAGGAGAUCAUUGGCAAUCUCAUUACCACGGCCGGGAAAGUCGUGGUAACCAUAUUACUGGGCCUGACAGGCAUCAUGCUGCCGUCGCUGACCUCCACGGUCUACUUCUUCACCUUCCUGGGCCUGUGCACGUGGUGGUCCUUCUGCCGCUCCUUCGACCCGCUGGUCUUCAGCUGCCUCUGCGUGCUCAUGGGCAUCUUCAGCGGCGGCCACCUCAUCGUCCUCUACCUCUACCAGUUCCAGUUCUUCCAGGAGGCCGUGCCGCCCGGGGACUACUACGCCAGCUUAUUUGGGAUCUCUCCAGUGAUCCAGAUCAACUGCUCCCACACCUGGAUGUUCAAGGUGAACCCUGAGUUGCCGUGGCACCACUUUGUCAACCCCAUCAUGCUCCUGGUGCUGUACUACACGCUGGCCACCCUCAUACGCCUAUGGCUGCAGGAACCCAUGGACACGCAGGAGGUCAAUAAGGAGGAGGAGGAGGAGAAGAGGGGAGAGGGAGAUGAGGAGGAGGAGGUGAAGAAGGCAGAGGAAGAGGAGGGGAUGAAGAGUAACAGCGACUUCACCACGGCGGAGAAGAAGAGAGAACUGUGGAGGAUGACACACUACAAGGCAGAGGAGAGAAAUAUCAUCACCACACAGGAUGGAUAUGGCACUCCAGAGGUGUUGGUCGUGACCUCCAACGGAGUUCCGGUGACCUUGAGGACCAGUUCCCUCCACGAGAAGGGGCCCACCAGUCUGGACCUGUACUCCAUGCCGGAGUAUGGAGCCAGCCACUCGGGAUCAGAACCAGAGUGUCUGGACUCCAGUGUGUAUGAGCUGGAGAGGCCGUCAUCUGAGGCGGGGGACGAGGACGGGGGAGAGGAGGGCCAGCGCAUCAAGAUCAACGCGGCCGUCAAGGCCUUCGCCUUCAUCAUGAAGCAGAGCUACAUCUGUGCCCUCAUAGCCAUGAUGGCAUGGAGCAUCACGUAUGUGAGCUGGCUGACGUUCGUCUUCCUCAUCUGGUCGUGUACGCUGUGGAUGGUGCGGGACCGGAGGAAGUACGCCAUGAUCACGUCCCCCUUCAUGGUGUUCUACGGGAACCUGCUGAUCGUGCUGCAGUACAUCUGGAGCUUUGAGGAGCUGGGGCCCGUACCGGGACUCUUCCUCAAGAAGGAGGUGCCCUUCAGAGAACUGGGCUCCAAGAUAUUGUGUCUCCUGUCGUUCUGGCUGCUGCUGAGACAGGCACUGAUGGAACGCAAAGACAGACAGAGAGAAGACACAUCGACAUCACUCUCAGACGUCAGAGUCGAUGGUCAGAAAAAAGAUAAGAAGUUUGAGGAGGAGGAAGAGGAGGAGGCGGCGGUGGAGGAGCAGAGGGAGAUGAUGGAUGUGCUGGGCAGCACGGUGAUGCGCAUGCUCAACAAGUACUGGAUCUACAUCUGCGCCGGCAUGUUCUUCUUCGUCAGCUUCGAGGGACGCAUCGUCAUGUACAAGAUCAUCUACAUGAUGAUGUUCCUCUUCUGCGUGGCCCUCUACCAGGUCCACUAUGAGCACUGGAGGAGGAUGCUGAAGUACUUCUGGAUGUCUGUGGUGGUCUACACCAUGCUGGUGCUCGUCCUGGUCUACACCUUCCAGUUCGACUCCUCCAUACACAUAUGGUCCAACAUGACAGGCAUGGACACCCAGGACCUUGAGGACCUGGGUCUAGAGAAGUUCUCGGUGCCGGCCCUCUUCACGCGUAUCUUCAUCCCCACCUCCUUCCUACUGGUCUGCAUCCUCCACCUGCACUACUUCCACCAGCGCUUCCUGCAGCUCACAGACAUCAAGUCCGUAGCCGACAAGCAGAAGAGUACCAUCACCAGGCUGGUGCACCUGGAUGGCAGUCUGGCGGACAUCUCCAUGAUCAAGCCCACCUUCAACUCCACCACCGAAGACAAGGAGGCUGGAGAGAAGGUGGAUCUGAAGGAGGAGGAAGAGGAGGAGGAGGAGGAGGAAGAGGAGGAGGUGCUGAAGAAGAGGCCGGUGGAAGAUGCUCCAUGUAUACCAAGUAAAGCAGAUGGCAUCUCGUGUCAGAAGGAGGAGCCACCCCUGGAUUAUGGCUCAGACCUGCGUAACAAAUGGCACCUGGUGGUGGAGCGUCUGACGGUGCUCUUCCUAAAGUUCCUGGACUACAUGCAGCAGCUGCAGCUCCUCAUCUGGUGGCUGCUGGAGCUCCACAUCAUCAAGAUCGUCUCCUCAUACAUCAUCUGGGUGUCCGUCAAAGAGGUGUCUCUGUUCAACUACGUCUUCCUGGUGAGCUGGGCCUUCGCCCUGCCCUACAGCCAGUUCAGGCCACUGGCCUCCAGCGUGUGCACGGUGUGGACCUGUAUCAUCAUUGUCUGCAAGAUGCUGUACCAGCUGAGCACCAUCCAGCCACACACCUACUCCAAAAACUGCUCCAUGCCCCAGAACUACUCGGAGAGGGAGACUAGUGAGAUGAGCCGCUCCCUGCUCUACAGUGGGCCAAUAGAUCCUGCUAACUGGGUCGGCCUCAAGAAGUUCUCCCCCCUGCUGGAGAACCUCAGGAACAACUUGUUGAUGUUGGCCCUGCUGGCGUUUGAAGUGACCGUCUAUCGUCACCAGGACUUUUAUCGCAUGCGUAACAACCUCACCACACCCGUCACCAGAACCAUCUUCCACGACAUCACUCGCCAGCACCUGGACGAUGGCAUCCUCAACUGCGCCAAGUACUUCAUCAACUACUUCUUCUACAAGUUUGGCCUGGAGACGUGUUUCCUGCUGGCGGUGAAUGUGAUUGGCCAGCGUAUGGAUUUCUAUGCCAUGCUACACGCCUUCGGCCUGAUUGCGGUGAUGUACCAGCGGCGGCGUAAGGCCAUUGCCCAGGUGUGGCCCAAGUACUGCUGCUUCCUGGCCUGCAUGCUCUCCUUCCAGUACCUGGUCUGCAUUGGCAUCCCGCCCUCUGCCUGCUCAGACUAUCCCUGGAGAGCUCCCUCCUCUAGUAUGGACUCCAACGUGGUGAAGUGGCUCUACUUCCCCGACUUCCACACUCGACCCAACCCACUAUUUCUUCUCUAUGACUUCAUGCUGCUGCUGGGUGUCUCGCUUCAGAGGCACGUUUUCGAGGAGGAGAACGAGGCGGCCGUGCGGCUCGUCGCCGGGGACAACGUGGAGAUCUGCCAAGACCUGGACGCCGCGUCCUUCAGUCAGCACAACCCCGUGCCAGACUUCAUCCACUGCAGGUCGUACCUGGACAUGCUGAAGGUGAUCAUGUUCAGCUACCUGUUCUGGUUCGUGUUGACCAUCAUCUUCAUCACGGGCACCACCCGCAUCAGCAUCUUCUGCAUGGGCUACCUGGUGGCCUGCUUCUACUUCCUGCUCUUCGGUGGAGACCUGCUGCUCAAGCCAAUCAAAUCAACCCUACACUACUGGGACUUCCUGAUCGCCUACAAUGUGUUUGUGAUCACCAUGAAGAACAUCCUGUCGAUCGCGGCCUGUGGAUAUAUAAAGGCCCUGGUCGCCAACCACUGCUGGCUUAUCCAGUUGUUCAGCUUGGCCUGCACUAUAAAAGGCUACUCACGGCCGGAGCAGCAGGCUAACAAGCAGUGCGAGUUGCCAAGCGACGAGGCGGGAAUCAUCUGGGACAGCAUCUGCUUUGCCUUCCUGUUGCUACAGCGACGGGUCUUCAUGAGCUACUACUUCCUGCACGUGGUGGCCGACAUACGCUCCUCUCAAGUGCUAGCGUCCAGGGGAGCGGAAUUAUUCCAGGCCACUAUCGUGAAGGCGGUCAAAGCCCGGAUUGAGGAGGAGAAGAAGUCCAUGGACCUUCUGAAGAGACAGAUGGAUCGCAUCAAGAGCCGUCAGCAGAAGUUCAAGAGGGGGAAGGAGCGGAUGCUGAGUCUGGCCCAGGAGGCAGACGGAGGUCAGGACGGGGUCAAGGUCAAAGAGGAAGACGAGGAGGAGGAAGGAGAGACGAAGGAGAGGUCCAAAGGCAAGAGAAAGCGAUGGUGGAGACCCUGGGUGGACCAUGCAUCCAUGGUUAGAAGUGGGAGCUACUACCUGUUCGAGACAGAUAGUGAGGAAGAGGAGGAGGAGGAGGAGAAAAAAGAGGUUCCACCCAAAAGGUCGGCCUUCCAGUUUGUUUACCAUGCCUGGAUCACAGACUCAAAAACAGCCAUGAAGGAACGCAGCAAAGAAAGGCGGCAUUUCUGGAAGAGGUACACAGACAGCCGCAAAGCCAGCAAGAAGGACCACAAAGAAGAGCAUGUGGCCAUAGAGGUAGUCGACCAGGAGGAUGAAGGGGCGGAUGAGGAGCGCUCCGAUGGACCAGAUAACAUCCUGAAGCGUGUGUUCAACAUCGUGAAGUUUUCCUGGGUGUUGUUCCUGGCGCUGCUGGACAGCUUCACGGCCUGGCUCAACUCUAUCUGCCAGGAGUACAUCGACAUCUCCACCGUGCUGCGCAUCGAACGAUGCAUGCUCACGCAGAUGGUCAAAAAGGGCAACACGCCGUCUCGAGAGAGCUUGCACGUGUACUACCAGAGGCAGAUGUGUCGUCCCUCGUCCUCGCAGUCCUGUCUGGACCGCACGGAGGACGUCUUCUCAGCAGCCAGCCCUGAGCCCUCCGACCUCCAACUAGAGCAGCCUCCCUUCGGGAUGGAGAGCAUGGACUCUGCCCUGUCCCGCGACAGCCUGUCCAGCGCGUAUACCGAGUCCACACUACUCUACUGUCAGUCCACACUGGAUCAGUCGGAGGGGCUGGGAGAGAGCGUCCCCAAAACGAGCGAGCGAGCGCGGCCCAAGCUCUCCAAGAUGACCGGCCUCGACCUCUCCUCCUCCGCAGACAGCGCCACCAGCAGGGCCUCAAGUGAGAAGACCCAGUGCACGGCGCUGUACUCCCGCCAGGGCACCAGCGACACGGUGGCGGAGGCCGACCUGGAGCGGCCUGACCAGAGGUACCCCACCUCAGGGGCACACUGGGCCGAGGGAGCCGCCACGGGGGGAGACGACACCCCCUCAGACGGGGAGGGCCCGGGACCGUCCCACUGGAGAGAGUCCCACCUCCGAAGCCCCGACUGGGACCAGCUAGCCUGGACGCCCGCAGACAGCCCAGACGUGGACACGGAGGGGGGGCCCUCGUCACGCACGUUCCCCAGCGGGGAGGGCCUGUCGGCGGCCUCGGCUGCAGACAUCCCCCCCUCCUACAGCAAGGCCACGGGGCUGGACCAGGUGUACGGCUGCGGCGGUGGCAGCAGUGGCGGUGCAGUGGGGGUGACGAGGACGGCUGAGGACAGGAGACUGAGGAUAAUGGAACCAGAUGACAGGACGGAUUAUCUGAGUGACACGCCAGCGCUGCCCCCCUCCCUCACACACGAGAUGACAGCCAGUGAGCUGUUGCAGAGCAGGAUGUUUUUCGACGAGGAGCUGGAGGACUCGGAGCGUUUCUACAGUGCUCAGCCUCAGCUGCUGCAGCUGUGCUACGCGCUGUACAACAUGCUGGUGGCCCACUCGGAGAUGGUGUGCUACCUGGUCAUCAUCCUCAACCACAUGAUCUCCGCCUCCGUGGCCACCCUGGUGCUGCCCAUCCUCAUCUUCCUCUGGGCCAUGCUCUCCGUGCCCCGGCCCAGCAAGCGCUUCUGGAUGACCGCCAUCGUCUACACUGAGGUCACCAUCGUGAUUAAAUACUUCUUCCAGUUCGGCUUCUUCCCGUUCAACCAGAACAUCGAGGUGGAUAAGAGUAAGCCCUUCCACCCGCCCAACAUCAUCGGGGUGGAGAAGAAGGAGGGCUACGUCCACUAUGACCUGGUGCAGCUGCUCGCCCUCUUCUUCCACAGAUCGAUACUCAAGUGUCAUGGCUUGUGGGAUGAGGACGACUCUCAGACAAGUGGCAAAUCCUCUCGACACCGGAGUGACUCCGAUGGUGUUGAGCGUUCGCGGUUACGCACCGACAAGUCACCUGACCCCCGCUCCCCUCGAUCACACACGCACGGCCACACGCGAGCCCACAAGCGCAGCUCAGUGGUGAGGCGGCAGAGUUCAGGGGCCGCCUCGCAUGUCUCACAUCGAUCCAUGCUCUCCAAAACAGGCAGCUCAGGUAAACAGGGGAGUCUGCGCCGGGGCGGCAGCGCUCUCAGCAUCCAGCAGAAGAGCCGCAAGGAACUCGUACUGGAGAAGCUGAGGGAACAGCUCAUCAAAGCCAAACGGUUCUCCAUCAAAACUACCCUUGAGAUCUACAUCCCGAUCCGCCAGUUCUUCUACAACCUCAUCCACCCCGAGUACAGUGCGGUGACGGACGUCUACGUGCUCAUGUUCCUGGCCGACACUGUGGACUUCAUCAUUAUCGUCUUUGGCUUCUGGGCCUUUGGGAAACACUCGGCUGCUGCUGACAUUACUUCCUCCCUGUCGGAGGACCAAGUGCCGGAGGCCUUCCUGGUGAUGGUUCUGAUCCAGUUUGGCACCAUGGUAGUGGACCGGGCGCUGUACCUGCGCAAGACCGUCAUGGGCAAGGUCAUCUUCCAGGUCAUCCUGGUCUUUGGGAUACACUUCUGGAUGUUCUUCAUCCUCCCCGGAGUCACGGAAAGGCGGUUCAGUUUGAACACAGUGGCCCAGCUGUGGUAUUUUGUGAAGUGCAUCUACUUUGGUCUGUCGGCCUACCAGAUCCGCUGUGGCUACCCCACCAGAGUCCUGGGCAACUUCCUCACCAAGAGCUACAACUACGUCAACCUCUUCCUCUUCCAAGGGUUCCGGUUGGUGCCGUUCCUGACGGAGUUGCGAGCGGUGAUGGACUGGGUGUGGACGGACACCACGCUGAGUUUGUCCAGCUGGAUCUGUGUGGAGGACAUCUACGCCCACAUCUUCGUGCUCAAGUGCUGGAGGGAGUCAGAGAAGAGGUACCCCCAGCCGCGUGGCCAGAAGAAGAAGAAGGUGGUGAAGUACGGCAUGGGGGGCAUGAUCGUCAUGCUGCUCAUCUGUAUCGUCUGGUUCCCGCUGCUCUUCAUGUCCCUCGUCAAGUCCGUAGCCGGAGUGGUCAACAAGCCCCUGGACGUCUCCGUCACCAUCACGCUGGGGGGUUUCCAGCCCAUUUUCACCAUGAGCGCUCAGCAGAACCAGCUGAAGGACAUCACAGCUGCGGACUUUGCAGGCUUCGUGGACUCCUACAUCUACGUCCCGAGUGCCAUGCAGUUCCUGGAGGCGUACACCAAAGAGGACAUCACUGUGGCGGAGCUGGAGGGGAGCUCCAACUCCCUGUGGACCAUCAGCCCUCCCAGCAGGCAGAACCUCAUGGACGUGCUCAGCAAAGACGCCCCAUUCCCCGUCACCAUGACCUGGUCCAUACAGAGGAAUUUCAGUCUGGGAGCCAAAGCUGAGGUUGCGAUGGAUAAACACGUCACGUCCCUGGACAUGCCUGCCAAACAAGAGUUGAUCGCUUUAUUGAACGGGACAAGGAGCAAGCCUGUGGUCAUAAAGCAAGUCUUCCCCUGCUUCAUUCGUGCCCCGAGUGAUUCUAAUGCCAAGCCAAUUGAUCAACUUUAUGGAGAGGACGGUUUUAAGGACAUCCUGCUGGCACUGGAGAGGACCCAUAACAACACUGGGGAGAUCCAGGAGUGGUGGAUCGUGGACCAGCCCUCAGCAGGGAAGAUGCAGUUCAGCAGCUCUGCGGCCAAGAAGAAGGGCGAGGCCGGCCUGCAGCUCUACGUCUUCAGCGAUAAAGUCAGCCCUCCCAGCCUCAGCUUCCUGGCCGGAUACGGCAUCAUGGGCCUGUACGCCUCGGUGGUGCUGGUGAUCGGCAAGUUUGUGCGCGAGUUCUUCAGCGGCAUCUCCCACUCCAUCAUGUUCGAGGAGCUGCCGGCCGUGGACCGCAUCCUCAAGCUGUGCACCGACAUCUUCCUGGUGCGGGAGACCGGCGAGCUGGAGCUGGAGGAGGACCUGUACGCCAAACUGAUAUUCCUCUAUCGCUCGCCAGAGACCAUGAUCAAGUGGACACGUGAGAAGAUCCAGUGAGACAACACAAGCCUCUGGAGGCAGGGGAGUACAGUACAGCGACGCAGGGAAGAGCAGGAUGAUUCAGAGGGUUCCAGAGCUUCAUAGCUAGGGGCCCACUGAGGGACUACGAUGCCGCUAGUGGGUGGGGCUCCCAAAACGUAACUUUUUGGGGGUUAGGGGGGGUCCCAAACUAUUUCUUUCACAGGGUUCACAAUUUCAAGCAUCGUCCUUGUUUGAAAAAAAGAAAAAACAAACAAAACAGAAGAUAAAUAAACAAACUGCCUGCCUGCUGUGACUCAGAGGGUCUGAAGAAGGAAAAUGCAAAAAAAUGCAAACUGCAAAAAAUGAAUAAAUAAAUAUAAAAUGUAAGGGAGAGAGGAGGAGUGCGGAGGAAGCACAGAGGAGGGGCAGGUUGGAGCACCUGUCUUGGCUGAGGGGCAGGUUGGAGCGCCUGUCAUGGCUGAACUCUCCACUGGACUGAUGUUGGGGACGUACGUCACCUCCACCCACCUCUCCAUGCGGGGGGGUAGGGGGGCGGGGGGUGACACCUCUCCCAACUUCCAUUAAAUGUGACCUGAAACCGUGAAGUACAGUAUCUGUCAUGUUGAUGUGUUAUGUAUGAUGAAUCAUGUGCACAGCCUGACUCUGAAGAACUGUUAACAGUCUUAUCAGUUUGUUGUGGUGACGUGGAUCACACGGCCGGACAACAGGAGGUUCAACCAGAGAUCUGUGGUUAAACCGCGCACAGGGGAAAGGAGUCCUCUGUCUGUUGUCUGGGUUUAGCCUAUUGUGUAUUGUGGGGGAUUAUAUGAACCUUAAAUUGUGCAAUAUAUAAAAUAAAAUACACCAUCCUGGUAGGUGGCUGUAAACUUGAACCAGAGGAAAGUCGGGCAGUGACUGAAAGACACUUGCCACUUUUGAAGAGAUGUUUUUUUUUUUAUUGUUGGUUUAUUUCUUUUGGUUAUGUUUUUGUUUUGUUUUUGUUGUUGUUGUUGAUGAUGAUAAUGAUGAAUUAGUUUUUUUGUUGAAUUUGGAGGUGUAUUUGGGUACUUUAGAGAAAUCAAAAUGUCAAAAAAGAAUAAAAGAAAAGCAGUGGGGCCCCCGCAUCUCGAUGCUCUGCCCCUAAAACACCAUGUGAAAAAAAAAAUGAUUAAGGGAGAUGCACCAGGGAGACCAAGACAUCUUUUGCUUCUUUUUUUUUGGUGCCUGAACACAGAAGAUUAUGGGAGCUGUCAUUGUUCUCAGGAAAUGAUUCUAUCAUCUCAUUAGGAUGGCCUCUGAUGUAGGAAUGUGUGAAUGUUCCUGACUGUUGUGAAGUGACCUUGCCCUCUUUAUACGAGGGGGGCGAAAUGUGGUGUUAUUGUGGUGUACUGGCCUGAGAAUAAAGCACAUUUUGGAUUGCAAUUCCUGUGUCAUCUUAGUGUAUAGGCUAUCAGAACAAAAGCAAAUCCUGUCUUCUAAACUACUCUUGACUGCUCUGGCUCGUUAAACCAGAAAUAUGCUGCCGUACAAAGUCAAAGUGCAGUAACUACGCCAACAUUGACAUAGAAAAAUGCUUCAAAACCUUGAUAUUGUUUGAUGUUUACUACAAAUUUAGUACUACAAAUUUGACAUAGCAAUAUAACUAAAACAAGACGCAUUUGGUCUGCAAGGCUUUGUAACAAGGUAAAGGAGAUGUAACGAAGACCAUUUUGAGUCUAAAAUCAGUUUGGGCAACAU